UUAAUUACAGGUGAAAACUUCUCCUAAAAUGGAAACCAGCAAGAUCAUCUCAUCUGAUAAAGCCACAGUGGUCAUCCAAGUGAAUCCACAGGUGACACAGAAUAUUGUGCCUGGAGAUGAUGGACAGGAGAGCAGAGGAGCACACCGCAGUACGGCUCUUACUGGGUUUUCCAAAUCACAGCCAAAGGCACUGGGGACUGUCCAGAUAAUGAUUGGAGUGGUGGUUUUAUUAUUGGGUAUCGUACGCACCGCCACUACCCCCCGUUACCCACCUAUCUCUGUCUUCAGUGGCAUCACCUACUGGGGAUCCGUUACUUUCAUCAGUGCUGGAUCUCUGUCUGUUGCUGCGCAGAAUAAACUUCAUCUGUGUGUGGUGAAAGCCUCUCUUAUAAUGAAUGUGUUCAGUGCCAUAACUGCAGCGAUCGCCAUUGUUCUGAUGUCCAUAGAGAUGGGAAUUAAGAUUUACGAUCUAAGGUGGAACUAUGGCGGUAGUAGUUCUUAUGACCGCUAUAAUUUGGAGAGUUAUAAUGACUAA